AUGAGUUGCCAGAUCUCCUGCAAGUCCCGGAGAGGAGGAGGCGGAGGAGGAGGCGGUGGAUUCAGGGGCUUCAGUAGUGGCUCAGCUGUGGUCUCUGGAGGGAGCCGGAGAUCGACUACCGGCUUCUCCUGCCUGAGCCGCCACGGUGGUGGCAGAGGAGGCUCUGGUGGAGGUGGCUUUGGCAGUCAGAGUCUUGUUGGUCUUGGAGGGUACAAGAGCAUCUCUAGUAGCGUGGCUGGCUACGGUGGUGGAUUUGGUGGGAGAAGCUACGGUGGCUUCGGAGGCAGCAGCGGCUUCGGAGGCAGCGGUGGCUUCGGAGGUGGCUCUGGCUUUGGAGGAGGCCGAGGAUUUGGAGGUGGUAGCGGUUUCGGAGGCGGCAGCGGCUUUGGAGGUGGCAGCGGCUUCGGAGGCGGUGGAUUUGGCGGAGGACGCUUUGGAGGUGGCCCUGGAGGUUUUGGGGGCCCUGGAGGAUUCCCCGGUGGAGGCAUCCAUGAAGUGUCUGUCAAUCAGAGCCUCUUGCAGCCUCUUGAUGUUAAAGUGGACCCAGAGAUUCAGAACGUGAAGUCUCAGGAACGGGAGCAGAUCAAAACCCUCAACAACAAAUUUGCCUCUUUCAUUGACACGGUGCGAUUCCUGGAGCAGCAGAACCAGGUGUUGCACACCAAAUGGGAGCUGCUGCAGCAGCUGGAUGUAGGCACCCGUACCACCAACCUGGACCCCGUCUUCCAGGCCUACAUUGGCAUACUCAAGAAGCAGGUGGACAGGCUAACUGCGGAAAGGAACUCACAGGAUUCAGAGCUGAACAACAUGCAGGAUCUCGUGGAAGACUUUAAGAAGAAGUACGAGGACGAGAUCAACAAGCGCACGUCUGCGGAGAAUGAUUUCGUGACCAUCAAAAAGGACGUGGACAGUUGCUACAUGGACAAGACAGAGCUGCAGGCCAAGAUGGAGAUACUGACACAGGAAGUCGAUUUCCUGAGAACACUCUACGACACGGAACUGUCCCAGCUACAGCAGAAUGUCACCGACACCAAUGUCAUCCUGUCCAUGGACAACAACCGGAACCUUGACCUGGACAGCAUCAUUGCUGAAGUUCAGAGCCAAUACGAGAUCAUCGCCCACAAGAGCAAGGCUGAGUCAGAGGAGCUGUACCACAGCAAGUAUGAAGAACUCCAGGUCACUGCUGUGAAACACGGGGACAGCUUGAAAGAGAUCAAGAUGGAGAUCAGUGAGUUGAACCGAACAAUCCAGAGGCUGCAAGGGGAGAUAUCACAUGUGAAGAAGCAGUGUAAGGGUGUACAAGACUCCAUUGCAGAUGCAGAGCAGCGUGGGGAGCACGCCAUCAAAGAUGCCAGGGGCAAGCUCACUGACCUGGAGGAGGCCCUGCAGCAGGGCCGAGAGAACCUGGCUCGGCUGCUGCGGGACUACCAGGAGCUCAUGAACACCAAGCUGGCCCUGGAUGUGGAGAUCGCCACCUACAGGAAGCUGCUGGAGGGGGAGGAGUGCAGGAUGUCUGGAGACUUCAGCGACAAUGUGUCUGUCUCCGUGACAAGCAGCACCAUCUCCUCAUCUGUGGCAUCUAAGGCUGGCUUUGGCUCCGGAGGUCAAAGUUCAGGAGGGAGAGGGUCUUACGGAGGAAGAGGAGGAGGAAGCACCUAUGGCUCUGGAGGCAGAAGCUCUGGUGUCAGAGGAUCUGGAUCAGGAUCCGGAGGAGGCGGAUACAGUUCUGGAGGAGGCUCCAGGGGAGGAUCUGGAGGAGGAGGAUACAGCACUGGAGGAGGUUCUAGAGGAGGCUCCAGCUCUGGAGGGGGAGGAUACAGCUCUGGAGGGGGCUCUAGAGGUGACUCCAGCUCUGGAGGAGGCUCCAGGGGAGGAUCUGGAGGAGGCUCCAGGGGAGGAUCUGGAGGAGGAGGAUACGGCUCUGGAGGAGGCUCUAGAGGAGGCUCCAGCUCUGGAGGGGCAGUGUCCGGCUCUGAAAGGGGUGGUUCUGGGUCCGGGGAAGGUUGCAGCUCCGGCGUGACCUUCUCCUUUAGAUAGAAAUGGGUCCUCUCUCUACUCUUUGAUUUCCAGAAUGUCAGCUGUGUCUCUAACUCAGAUCAACCCCAAUAUCUGUAAUCCACCAAUGAUGUCAUUUUCUUUUUCUUUUCGAGAGGGGGUGAUAAAAGAUCUCUCCUAACAGUUGAGUCAGAGAUACUCACUGUGUUCUGGGCAAGAAUCUGCAUUGUCCAAGUGCGUCUUCAACCGCGUCCCGUUCCUGGUCUCUCGCAUUGUCCGCCUGGCAGUCCCUCCCCGAUAGUGGUGUCCUGAGGACCCCAGGGUAGCCUCCCUAUUCCACCCCCCAACAGUGGUCUAGGGAACUAUGCUUUUUUGUACAUAGCCUCUUGAAUGGACUCUGCUUUCUGAGUGCUGGGGUCUGGGUCUCUGCAUAAUAAACUUCAUUUGCAAUUGA